CCUCUCUCCCUCACCUAACUCUCUCCCUUUCCCCCUGUGCGAUGGCCACGAUCUCGAAGCUCUCCAGCCCCGCCCCUUCCUCGUCGCUCCGGCCCUCGAUCGGCCACCCCCGCUCUUCGCCGCCCCCCUUCCUCGUGCUCCGGUCACCCGCCGCCGCCGCCGCCGCCGGUCUGUCCGUGAAAUGCAACCGUCGCUCCCGGAGGUCCUCGGUGGUCACGUGCUCUCAGAACGGCGCGAAUGGCGGCGUAGUCAAGAGAACCGUGCUGCACGAUUUGUAUGAGCGAGAGGGCCAGAGCCCCUGGUAUGACAACCUCUGCAGACCCGUGACGGACCUGCUUCCUCUGAUCGCCAAUGGCGUUAGAGGGGUGACGAGCAACCCCGCGAUUUUCCAGAAGGCAAUAUCGUCUUCGAAUGCUUAUAAUGAUCAGUUCAGAGAGCUUGUGCAAUCAGGAAAAGACAUUGAAAGUGCAUAUUGGGAGCUUGUGGUGAAGGACAUUCAAGAUGCGUGCAAGCUUUUUGAGCCAAUAUACGAUCAAACUGAUGCUGGCGAUGGCUAUGUCUCUGUUGAAGUUUCUCCUAGACUGGCAGAUGAUACCGAAGGGACUGUUGAGGCAGCAAAAUGGCUUCAUAAAGUGGUUAAUCGCCCCAAUGUUUACAUCAAGAUCCCUGCCACAGCACCUUGCGUUCCAUCAAUUAAGCAAGUCAUCUCGCACGGGAUUAGUGUCAAUGUGACUUUGAUAUUUUCACUGGCUAGAUAUGAAGCUGUCAUAGAUGCAUACUUGGAUGGCCUUGAAGCCUCUGGGUUAGAUGAUCUCUCCAGGGUUACGAGUGUUGCUUCCUUCUUUGUCAGUCGUGUGGACACCCUCAUUGACAAGAUGCUCGAGAAGAUUGGAACACCUGAGGCUCUUGAUCUUCGAGGGAAGGCUGCAGUGGCUCAGGCAGCUCUAGCUUACAAGCUCUACCAGAAGAAGUUCUCUGGUCCAAGAUGGGAGGCUCUUGUAAAGAAAGGGGCAAAGAAACAGAGGCUUCUUUGGGCAUCCACCAGUGUCAAGAACCCAGCAUAUCCUGACACCCUAUACGUUGCUCCUCUAAUUGGACCAGACACUGUUUCAACUAUGCCUGACCAAGCUCUCCAAGCAUUUAUUGAUCACGGCAUUGUAUCCAGGACAAUUGAUUCGAAUGUUUCCGAAGCCGAAGGUAUUUACAGUGCACUUGAGAAAUUGGGAAUCGACUGGAAUCAUGUCGGAACUCAGCUUGAAGUUGAAGGAGUCGAUUCCUUCAAGAAGAGUUUUGACAGCCUCCUCGAUACCCUGCAAGAAAAGGCAAAUUCUCUCAACCUGGUUAGCCUGUAAUCUUUGUGGUUCCUGUACUUGCUGUCGGUGUGGCUCAAUAAAAGCUUAUGAAUCAAGUGUUCCAGCUGUAAAGUUGGUAGAUAAGUGUCUUUCAAAGACGAUAUUGUAUUUCAAGUGGAUUAUAUUCAGCUGUGGUUAAAGAAAGUUCUUCUAAA